AUGGUGCACAUUUGUGUCCGGCGAUAUGAGCCUUCUGAUCAAGAAGCCAUUGAAAAUAUUUACAGAGAUGCAACUGAGGAACACAUCAAUCCUACAUUCAUAUUUGCCAUGACCCAGCCUCUUCACAUCACUUUAAGUAUGUUUUUUUGCAUUGGUGCAUAUCUGCUCGGCGGGUCUGUUAUUUUGGCCCUAAUAUCUGGAGGAGCCUGGGUUGGCCUGGUGUACUUCUGCUGCUAUGAGUUUUACAGUGCCUAUGUCCGGGACAGACUGCGUACGGACAUGAAGGACAUUCCAGGUUACUAUCUCAGCAAUCCAGAUAACUGCUUCUGGGUCGCUGAAGCCGAGAUGGAUGGUAAGCGUCAAAUUUUGGGUAUGGUGGCUGUGGAAGCCAAAGAUGACGGUGAUGGAAAAAAACAUGGAGAGCUUUUAAGAAUGAUGGUGUUGUCUACCUGUCGCCGUGCUGGUCUCGGUCAACGGCUGGCUAAAACCGUCAUAGACUUUUGCAAGGAACGUGGCUUCACAAAGAUCAAACUUUCCACCACUUGUACCCAAAAAGCAGCUGAGGCGCUUUACUAUAAGAUGGGCUUUAAACUGGUCCUGGUUAAUACUCAAUCUGAUGUUUCGGCGUGGGUAACCUGGAUGACCCGAGCUAAAAUUUUGUUCAUGGAAAAGAUCAUGUAAAACUGUUAAUCCGCCUGACCUGAGCUGUGUGUCUUUGUGUUUGAUAGUUUAAUCUCACAGCUCAAUAGCAGCAAUGUUUGAGAGUUGUGAGACAAUGAUGGUAUCUAAGAAGCCUGAAGUUUCUAUAAGAUCUAUCAAUAAAAAUGUACAUGUCUAAAUGUGUAUG